ACACUGACUGCUGACAGUCUGGCCGGUCAGUGGCUUCAGCUCUCAGGGGAUGGGUGAGACCCGCUCGGUGUGGCUCAGCCCUGUCCCGUGUCGGUGAUCCCCUCAGACCCCACAACCCACCCCCUCGCCUCUGAUUUUGGGGACAGGUCAAAGGUAUGGAGUACGCGCUGACUGGACGGCUGGAGACCUCGAGCUUGGAAUCACUGUGGGCUCACAUGGACCACAUGAUAGAUGUGAUGGACUCGCUGUAUCCCCUGGAGGAGACUGGACUGUACCACCAGAGUCGUCUCUCUCUGGGAGAUCAUCAUCAGCAGCAGCAGCAGCAGCAGGAGGAGGAGGAGGAGGAGGAGGAGGAAGGAGGAGAUGGCAAUGAGUCUCUCUUCCUCUCAGUCAGAUAUGGGACAGUGAAGGAUUUGCUCAGCUUCGCAAAUCAGGUGUCGAACACUUCCCGGAGUCACCACCAACACCUGAAGAAGCGCGACGCAGGAAUAAUAUUGAAUAAGAAAGACAUUUGUAUAAAAAAUGGGCAUUAUCAGGUUGAUUCCGAAGUCUUCUUGUUUCCAUGGAAAUUUGCCCGCAGGGACAUUGGUGUUGACUACAUUCCUCGAGGAGCUUUUGGAAAGUGUCAUCUUGCCCAGGACCGAGAAACCAGAAAGAGAAUGGCGUGCAAAUUGAUUCCAAUGGAAUCCUUUAGGCCUGCUGACAUACAGAUUCAAGCUCGCUUCCGACAUGAGAACAUUGCAGAGUUGUAUGGUGCCUUGCUGUGGAAUGAAACCAUACACCUGUUUAUGGAGGCAGGAGAGGGAGGCUCGGUCCUGGAAAAGCUGGAAAGUUCCGGGCCCAUGAAGGAAUUUGAAAUCAUAUGGUUGACCAAACAUGUCCUCAAAGCACUUGACUUUCUGCAUUCCAAGAAGGUUAUACACCACGACAUCAAGCCAAGCAACAUAGUUCUCAUGUCAACCAAGGCUGUGCUGGUAGAUUUCGGUCUAAGUGUCCAGAUGACUGAAGAGAUUUACAUUCCCAGAGAUAUUCGAGGCACAGAGUUUUAUAUGAGCCCAGAGGUUAUUACGUGCAGAGGUCAUUCGACAAAGUCUGACAUCUAUAGUCUUGGUUCCACCAUUAUCCACAUGCAGACUGGGUAUCCACCCUGGGUGAAGAGGUACCCGAGAUCAGCCUACCCUUCCUACUUGUACAUCAUCCACAAACAGGCUCCCCCAUUGGAAGACGUGGCUGAGGACUGCAGUACAGCGAUGAGGCAGUUUAUUGAAGCUGCAAUGGAAAGAAAUCCUAAGCAAAGGUGGUCCGCAGCAGAAUUGCUAAAACAUGCAGCGAUGAGCCCCCCACCCGAGGAUCAGCCACGGUGCCAAAGCUUGGACUCAGCUCUCUUUGAAAUCAGUCGUGUCUUCAGAAAAAAUGAACUGGAAUUACCCGAACAGAUCUGUGAUACAUCUGUAUGCAGCAAUGAAGAGUCAACGGUAGCGAAAAGGAAGCACUCUCUUUAUAUUGACCUUGGCGCCUUGGCUGGCUAUUUGAAACUGAUCAGGGGCCCUCCUGGAUCCGAGUAUGGUUGACAAGGAUAGUCCUGACAGAGAUGAAUUGGUUAGCUGACCAAGCAAUGUGCCAUACAGAACCAGUCAGGCCAGUUACCUCUCACAGUAAUCGGAGGAGUCACUGUAGGGAUAAUGAACAUUAGAUCACUAUGAUCGUAGCAUUAAACAUAGUUCACAGACUCACUACUAUUGCAUAUUCUGCUAGGGAUCCCUUGUGCUCUCACUUGUUUUAUUUUCAAUUAAUGCUGUAGUAGUAAUUGAAGAGUGUAACCUGACCACUGUGUAUACAUAUGAGCGAUUGUUACUUCUCUUCCUAUAUCGUAUCUGAGAGUUUAGAUAUUGAGCUGAGCUUCUCUCCCAUUGCUUUCAGUGAUAAUCACUGGUUUAUUAAUGUAUAGUAUUUCUUUCAUGGAAAUGUGUUCUAAUUGAUGAGAUAGACUUAUCAAAAAAAAGUUUUCCUAUGGAAACAAGAUUGUACACAUAGUAAAUGCAGUGCAAGUGAAAAAAUGGUACAUGACAUGUCCUGUGAGUUGAGUUCACAGUAAUCUUUUAUCUCUGUAAAGGCAGUAAGCUGAUAGCUUUGUACACCCUAUGGGAUGGGACAGUUAAGAUAGUACAACUGUUCUUCUGGGAUCUAUUUGUUAUAUUGCAUGAGCUCACUUGAUGGCCUAGUUGGUAAAAGGUAUAGCCGUAUUCUGCCGUACAAACCAGAAAAUUGGGGAUUUGAAUCCCAAUAUAUACUGAUUUAAUUGAUCUCAGCCGAGACAGCAUUUGUAGAUACAGUUGUCCUCUGCACCACCCCAGGAAUGUGUUGGGGAGAGGAAUAUCAUCCAAGGGUUCCCAUUACAUAGCGAGCCCAGCAGCAAGCUCUGCAUGUCUAGAUGCAGAGUGAGAUCUACCAAAGUGAAAUGGCCUGAUAAUAUGCUCAUUGUGGGAGGUCACACACCUCUUGGCACAUAGAGGGUGACCAGAGCCUGUGGAUUGGUAUCUCAGUACAAUGAAAACGGAAUCAGACUUCAGCAGCAGAGGAUAUUGAAGGAGAAGAAAUAAGAGAAAUAAUUACAACAGUGAGCAAGCGGGCUGUAACACCAUGUCACACAAUGUAGCAAUACUUCACUGGAUUAAGAAAAAGGAACUUUUUUUCCCCCUGUGCUACCAAAGGAGCAUGUGUUUUGUAUUUUGUUGGUGUAAUUCGCAAUGUCUCUGAUUUGUAACAUUUCUUUAAACUCUUAGACAAGUUGGUUGGCAUAAGUUACGGUGAGGGUUGCUGCAGGAUUCAAAUCAGGGUGCCUUAGAGUGAAUAUCUAUUCCAGUCUGAAAGCAUUUUAUCUUUCCAUCUGGUCAACCCAUCCAAUAUCUCAAAAGAUGUAUUUUCAUAUAUCUGCAAUUUAUAUUUGGUUCUAAUUGGGUGUGGCCCCUCUCACCGCCUCUCCUAGUUAUGUGUUAGACUGUUUCCCAUGGUCCAGGCAGAUGUUUAAAUUUAUUGUGAAAAUGAGCACUGUUUAUGAUUUUAGCGAAGAGUAUCUUUAUCAUUCAUGUUCGUGGUGUACUAAUGGGCGAUUACUGAUGGCAUGAAGAUCAAUGGAAAGAAUAGUGCUUAAAGUCUUUGGACCCCUCCAGUGCGUGGUACGUUGACCUACAUCUCAGACUUUAUAUCAUGCUGGAGCAACUUUACACAGACAUUCAUCCUGCAUAGAGGCAGGCAGGAGGCAAGACUGGAAUCAGGAUCCUCCUCUGAAGAAAUUGGAAACAUUGGCAAGUGGAACUCUCCAGGUCACUCCUGCCCAUGGCCAAGCAACGAGCCAAAAAGCAGAAGCCUGAGGAAAAGUUGCCUGAAUGGCCUCUUCUUGGGGAAUGGGAUAUGGACACUUUUUUUAAAAAAGAAAGUCAAAAUCGAAGCGUCCCCAUUUAGUGUAAGCUGCAGUUCGUCUCUGUUUGUUGUCAGUGGUCACUGCUCGUUUGAGAUUCCUGUACUUCUUUUAUUGUUAAAGAUUUUCAAUGUAAUAAACUGCAUAUUGCGGAAAUAA